AUGGUACGACUUCCAAGCUCCCUGCUGCUGCACUGCCCCCGCCACCACUCCCAGCGAGUGCUGCUCCGACACCAACUCCGUGCCCUGGAGGUGCCCACCUUUGACCUGCCCACCCUGCUGGCGGCGGCAGGCGUCCACCCCUCUCGGCAGGAAGCUGUCAUCCGCCUCACCUGCGCCUUCCUCAGGAAGACGGGGCAGCUGACGCGCCUGUGAGGCCCUCACAGGACGACCCCAGGGCUCGUGUGAGCGACUAGAUCGCCGCGGCCCAAAACAACAACAACAAAAAAUCACUAGUUUAUUGAAGGGGGAGGAGGAAACAAAAAAACUAGUGAUUGGUGAGGAAAACAAAUAUCAGAAUAAUUUGGAACACAUCAAAAACUAUAAGAAAAUGGUUCCAUGGUCAGAAUUAGAGGACCUCAGCCAAAAAUUUACUUGAUGGAGCACUCCCAACACAUUCUGGUAGACUGUUUGGUGAAUAUCUCUAACUUAGUGAGUCUUACAAUUGCGAACAAAACUAGGAUGAUAUUGAAUCAAUUGUAUCAUCUUGUGCGAGGUUAAUGCUCACCUUGUGUGCUUACCUAAACAUAGCUAGAGGGGGAAUAAGAAGGUACCUUUGUGGUGUCCCCCACCUCUGGUAUAUUGAUUGCCUGCGCUUGGUUUCAUCCCACGUGCCCAUCAUACAUUGCCGUGAACGCAGAAAUCGUAGGGGCUGUUACUACCUGCUCUGGGAGAGCAUUCCAAGGGUCAAUGGUUCAGAUGGCAAACCAGUUCCCCUUCGUGUUCAUUCUCCAGUGGUCAGGUCUCGCUAGUUUUAGGCUGUGUCCUCUGAGAUUGUUGUUGCUGAGAGUGAAGAAUUUUGUGUCUGGAAUAUCCUCAUGGCCAUGUAGCAGCUUAUACACUUCUAUCAUAUCCCCUCUCAGCCUCUGGUCCUCUAAAGUUGGCAGGAUUAGGGCUCUGCAUCUCUCCUCAUAUGGGAGGUCCUUAAGAUCAGGUACCAGCCUUGUCACUCUUCGUUGUACCUGCUCAAGGAGUUUUAUGUCCCUGACCAGGUAUGGAGACCAGCUCUGGGCACCAUAAUCCAGGAUAGGAGUGCUGUAUUUUAGUCUCUGAAUGCAGUGCAGUAACUAAUAGCUUCUGGAAAAUUUCAGAAAUUACAAUAUAAUGAUGCAAAAAGCUCAUGACCCUGAGUACCGCCCAGCACAUGCGCCCUCCUCACAGCUUGUGGGUCAAAGUCUUCCCUUAUUGACAUUUAGAUUUUUUUUUCUUAUAUAAAUUGUGUAUAUUUUUUUUGGUAGAUUUAAGAUCUCAUAGAGACUAGAUUAAUAGAUUUAGAUUUUUGCGAAGAAACUGACUAUCUUCUCGGCUAUACUGUGUUUUACAGUACCAACACAAGGAAUGAAUGACAAAAAAAUAAGUUUGAAAAGUAUGGAUGGAGGGUAGCCUAAAGGAAAGAUUCACCUUCCACACAGACACAAAGACAGCAUCAGGCCUGUGGGGAGUGCCGUGAGUCCCCAGCAGGUGGAAGCAGCAGUAUCAAGGGUGACAGCAGCAGCAGCAGGAGGCAUUUUGGCGGUGGCCGUUCCCGUGGGGAGCGGCGGUGAUGUCCCGUCGGCGCCGCACCAACAAACACCGCCGAACAGAGACCUCAAAGAGUGGCAGUGGCCGCAGCGCACACAGCAACGCAGCCAUCGGGGACGUGACCCUGAACCACUUUGCCAACGCUGUGCCGAGGCCGGGUGAUGGCGAUGGCGGAUGCAGCGGCGGCAGCGGGCGGAUGAAAAAAGAGAGCCUGACGGUGGCCAUGAAAAACCUGACAGUAAUGAAGGAUGAUAAUGACGAGAGGCCUUGGGAUGAGCGUGACGACGACAGUGACUUGGCCGAGUGUGAUGAUGGUGACGGAUGUGGUGUACUGCGGACGACACGAGACCACAAGAGGAGGCGAAGGAAAGUUGCGGGGAGGCUGGACAUGGAGGAGGAGGUUGAAGGCACGGACUACCCCCUCGAUCUGUGGUUCCUGAUCAGUGAGUAUAUAAGGCCGGAGGAUGUGGGUCGGUUUGCCAGUCUCUGUCAGGCCACGUACUACAUCACAACCACCACAAGAUUCUGGCUCUCCAUGUUCCGAAGGCACUACCAAUGGUCUGCCGAUCUCCCGGACUCCCUCACCUACUGGAACCUGGACCACAGAAUCAGGCAUGUGCGCUUGUGUGUGGUGCGCGCCCUCUACCUCAUGUACGCGCCCUUCUGUGCGAGGCUGGCCGCUGAGAAGCCACUGAGCGCUGACCCCACACAGCUGCUGCGUGCACAGUGUAUCUUGCAGUGGCAUAAGAAAGACAGGACGCAACACAAGUAUUUCUUCAAGUUUGCCAACGCGGAACACACGGCCGGGAGGAAUGAGAGGCUGUUCAGGAGUCGGGGAAAUGCCUCCGCCUACCACAACCCCCAUAGUGGAUGCUGGGUGCUGGAGGCGACAAGUAUGGGCGUGUGUGCAGUGCCGAUGGUGAUGGGGGAGUACCUGUACCACGCCGGGCUGGGGGUGUCAGCCAACCUGUGUAGCCACUGUCUCCGCCUGGCCCUCGUGCCCGGACCCCACCUCCUGCCGCACUCCCCCAACGCACCCACCCGCAGGCACAGGGUUCCCGCCACGGAGAUCACGCUGGACCCGGUGAGCAAUGUCCGGCUGUACCCCUGGUGGCACCCGCAGUACUCGCAGGUGGUGGAGCUGCAGGACACGGACGAGGAAAAGUGGUAGAUGGAGAAAUGGGAGGUGGAGAAAUGUCGAAUGGAAAAGUGGUAGGUGGAGAAAUGGGAGGUGGAGAAAUGUCGAAUGGAAAAGUGGUAGGUGGAGAAAUGGGAGGUGGAGAAAUGUCGAAUGGAAAAGUGGUAGGUGGAGAAAUGGGAGGUGGAGAAAUGUCGAAUGGAAAAGUGGUAGGUGGAGAAAUGGGAGGUGGAGAAAUGUCGAAUGGAAAAGUGGUAGAUGGAGAAAUGGGAGAUGGAGAAAUGUCGAAUGGAAAAGUGGUAGAUGGAGAAAUGGGAGAUGGAGAAAUGUCGAAUGGAAAAGUGGUAGAUGGAGAAAUGGGAGAUGGAGAAAUGUCGAAUGGAAAAGUGGUAGAUGGAGAAAUGGGAGGUGGAGAAAUGUCAAAUGGAAAAGUGGUAGGUGGAGAAAUGGUAGGUGGUUGAGAAUGCUAAAAAGAACACAGAAAACAAUGAUAGGCAGCGGUGGAGGUGGAAGAUGAUGAAAGGAUAGACGACGGGGCGCUACACUGAGCUGGCUGACCUUCCUCCCUUACCCCCCCCAAAAAAAGAAAGAAGGGGAUUUGAGAAGGCUAAAAAUAAAAAAUAAAAUAAAAAUAUAGGCAGACAUGGAGGUGGAAGAUAAUGAAAGAAAAAGAUGAUGGACGCUACACUGCUUGCUGCCCCAUCCUUCAAAAAAAUUAGUGUCGACUGAAGGAUUAGAAAAACUGAUUAGGCUGUUUCCGAGCUUGCCAGUUAAUCAUUACAGGCACACAUGAGAUGACCAUUGCCUCGCCUACCCUGUGACACCAAACUCUGUUCUCGUUGGUACCUUGUUGUUGGGUUUAUUGUUAUUACUUAUAGCUUUUAAUAUAUAUUGAUUUAUUUUGUGUGCGUAGGGUGGCGUGGAUGUCUUGUGGGUCAGAGCAGCAAGCCAGGGAGAGGUGGUUCAAACCCUGAUGCCACUGUGUAAUGUGUGGAUGUGAGAGCAGAAAGGGAUGAAAGAGUGAAGAUCCUGGUUAAAUCUUGCAUGAGGGAGUUGGAUAGUAUAGAGAUGAGACAGACUAGAAUGAAGUGAAAGAGUAAAGAUCCUAGAUAACUCUUGCAUUAGGGAUUUGGACAGCAUUGGAAUGAGACAGAAUAGAAAGGGAUGAAAGAGUAAAGAUCCUGGUAACUCUUGCACAGGGGAUUGGACAGCAUAAGGAUGAAAGAGAAAAAACCCUUGAUAACUCUUGUAUUAGGGAUUUGGACAGCACUAGAAUGAGACAGAAUAGAAAGAGAUGAAAGAGUAAAGAUCCUGGUAACUCUUGCAUGAGGGCAUUGGACAGCAUAAGGAUGAAAGAGAAAAAACCCUUGAUAACUCUUGCAUUAGAGAGUUGGACAGGAAUGAAAUGUCAGAGUAGAGAGAGAAGAAAGAGUAAAGAUCCUGGUAACUCUUGCAUGAGGGCAUUGGACAGCAUAAGGAUGAAAGAGAAAAAACCCUUGAUAACUCUUGUAUUAGAGAGUUGGACAGGAAUGAAAUGUCAGAGUAGAGAGAGAAGAAAGAGUAAAGAUCCUGGUAACUCUUGCAUGAGGGCAUUGGACAGCAUAAGGAUGAAAGAGAAAAAACCCUUGAUAACUCUUGUAUUAGAGAGUUGGACGGCAAUGGAAUGUCAGAGUAGAGAGAGAAGAAAGAGUUAAGAUCCUGGUAACUCUUGCAUGAGGGCAUUGGACAGCAUAAGGAUGAAAGAGAAAAACCCUUGAUAACUCGUGCAUUAGAGAGUUGGACGGCAAUGGAAUGUCAGAGUAGAGAGAGAAGAAAGAGUAAAGAUCCUGGUAACUCUUGCAUGAGGGCAUUGGACAGCAUAAGGAUGAAAGAGAAAAAACCCUUGAUAACUCCUGCAUUAGAGAGUUGGACAGCAAUGGAAUGUCAGAGUAGAGAGAGAAGAAAGAGUAAAGAUCCUGGUAAACGCUUGCAUUGAGAUAUAUAUUGAUAAGUGUACCAGGGCAGGGCUCCAUAAGCUUAUUAACUACUUGUUGGGAUUGCUGUUAUUGAUCUGAGGGACGACUUUGUGGGCAUGUGAGUGUAUAUGUAAGUGGGCAGUGUGUGUGUGUGUGUGUGUGUGUGUUAGCUGUUGUGAUAUCCUUCAGUACUGUUUCCUUUGUUCAUUGUAUUGAAGUGUUGGCUUGGUGCUGGUGUCUUGAGAACUUCCUAUAUAUAUUUUUGUAAGUUUGUAAUGUAAGCGCUCUCUCUCUCUCUCUCUCAGAUCUCUUCUUCUUCUUCUUCUUUUGUUUAACAUAUCUUUAAUGGGGUUGGAUGGGCUAUGAGUCUCUCCUCUGUAAAAUUCAAAUGCUGGAGACUCUAUUACUUACAAACAAAUAAUUAUGUGAUAUUUUUCCUGAUCAGUACUACCAGCUCUGUCUGUGAUGAAGCCUGCAUAUAAUAAAACGUCCUCUCAUAUUUUGA